AUGGGCGGCUGCGUCGUCUCCGUCAUGGAGGUGCUGAACCGCACCCGUCUCGUCGAUAACCCGGACUUUGCGGCGCGGCGUGUCUAUGGCGUCAUCAACGAGCGCGUCACGGAGGACGAGGCCGAUCGCUCCGGUGUGUACCGGUGUGCGCGGCUGACGGAUGAGCAGCACGUUGAGUGCUGUAACUGGUACGACGGACCGACGAUCCUGCAGCGCCUCGCAGUCAUCUGCGAGGAGCGCUGUGACCAGCGCGCCAUGGCGUACCGCACGGUUGAGAAGGUGGUGAGGGAGUCCACGAAGGACGAGAAGGGCGGCACGCGAGAAUGGGAGUACACCUUCCUCAGCGAGCCGACGUACAUCACGUACGCGGAGGUAUGGCAGCGGCUCGUCGCGUUCGGUCGUGGCCUGGCCGAGUUGGGUCUUGCGAAGGGCAGUCGUGUGGCGCUGUACGAGGACACGCGGUGGGAGUGGCUGGUGACGAUCCUCGGUGCGUGGACGCAGGAGAUGAUCGGCGUAACCGUGUACGCGAACCUCGGCGAAGACGCCCUGCUCUACGCUCUCAAGGAGGCGACGUGCGCAGCGCUGGUGUGCAACGGCAAGAACGUCGGCAAGCUCAUCUCGCUGAUGGACAAGUACGGCGUCCAUAACGCGACGAUCAUCUACCUCGACGCGCUGCCGGCGAACGUGAACGCAGAGUCACACACGGUGAUCGCGUGGACCGACGUCCUGGCAAAGGGUGCGCUGUCGACGGCCCCGUACAAGGUGCAGGACGCGAAGGACGAGGUGGCGCUGAUCAUGUACACGAGCGGCACGACCGGCAACCCGAAGGGCGUCGUGCACACGAUCGGCGCGCUGACGCAAGGCACCCUCGGCCUGGAGCAGCGGCUGACGGACUUGAUCGGCAGGGAGGAGGAGGAGUCGUACCUCGCCUACCUCCCGGCUGCACACAUCUUCGAGUUCACGUGCGAGAACAUCAUGCUGCUGCGCGGCGCACUCAUCGCGUUUGGCACCCCGCGCACGCUGACGGACGCCUUUGCGCGGCCGUGCGGUGAUCUGCAGGCGUUCAACCCCUUCUUCUUCAUCGGCGUGCCGCGCAUCUUCGAGACCAUCAGGAAGGCCGUCGAGGCGAAGCUGCCGCCCGUGGGCACGCUCAAGCGACAGGUGUUCGACCACGCCUACCAGAGCCGGCUGGCGGCGCUGAAGGAGGGCAAGGACACGCCGUACUGGAACGAGAAGGUGUUCGCGGCGCCACGCAAGAUUCUCGGGUCGAAGGUGCGCGGCAUCUGCUGCGGCGGUGCUCCACUGUCCGACAAGACACAGGAGUGGCUGACCGUCAUGAUGGGCCGCCCCGUGGCGCAGGGCUACGGCAUGACGGAGUCUGUGUGCAACGCCUCCGUGCAGCGCUCCGGUGAGCUCAAGUGUGAGGUGGGGCAGCUCCUGCACGGCGUCGAGGCGUGCCUGCUGGACACGGAGCACUACAAGCACACGGACAAGCCGCACCCACGUGGCGAGCUGCUGCUGCGCGGCCGCUUCGUCUUCAAGGGCUACUACAACCAGCCGGAGUUGACAGAGCAGAGCAUACUCCCGGGUGGGUGGCUGCGCACGGGCGACGUGAUCGAGAUGGAUGCGGAGACGGGUCAGAUGCGCAUCAUUGGCCGCGUCAAGGCGCUGGCGAAGAACUGCCUGGGCGAGUACAUUGCGCUGGAGAACCUCGAAGCACUUUACUGCGCGUGCCCGGUCGUGGCGCCGAACGGGAUCUGCGUCCUCGUGGACCCGCAGCAGCCCUUCAUCACGGCGCUCGUGCUGACGGACGAGCAGAAGGCGAUGGAGUUUGCCCGCACCCACAAGGUCGACAACGCGAGGUGGCCAGAAAUCCUGAAGGACCCCGCCUUCAUCGCCGCGGUCACCGCGUCGCUCGCGGAGAUUGGCCGGAAAGCGGGCAAGAAAUCGUUCGAGCUGCUGAAGCGCGUGUGUGUGCUGAGCGACGAGUGGACUCCGGAGAACAACCUGGUGACGGCCUCUAUGAAGGUGCGCCGGAGCGCGAUCGAAAAGCACUACGCCGACAUCAUCAAGGAGCUCUUUGCAGAUUAG